GCUCUUCUGUCACCUUUUUUUUCUUCUUCAUUUCCACCCUCACCAACUCUUCCUUCAUAAAACGUUGUCGUUUUUCUCUCCCUAGCUCUAGCUGCAUUCAUAUAAACAUCACUAAGAAAAAGCUAUCAAUUUUUCAACUUAGUGAUAAAUUUUCUCCAUAAUUCUGAGCUAGAAAAAUGGCAGCUAUGAACAAGGAAAUGAUGCUACUCAUAAUCCAAUAUCUCGACGACCAGAACUUGAUGGAAACAAUGCACAAGAUGGAAUCUGAAACUGGUCUCUUCUUUAAUAUCAAGUAUUUUGAAGAGAAAAUCCUUGCUGGAGAUUGGGAUGAAACUGAGAAGUACCUCAAUGGCUUUACCAAAAUCACGGAAAAUCGACAUAGCCUGAAGAUGUUCUUUGAGAUCAGGAAGCAAAAGUAUUUUGAGGCCUUGGACAGGCAAGACAAAAUAUUGGCUGUUAAUAUUUUGGUGAAAGAUUUGAAAAUAUUUUCAACACUUGAUGAAAAUUUGUACAAGGAUAUAGCACAUCUCAUUACCCUUGACAACAUCAGGGAGAAUAAGCAGUUAGCAGCGUAUGGCGAUACAGAUUCGUCUAGAGCGAUAUUGAUGACUGAGCUCAAGAAACUGAUUGUAGCUAAUCCCAGCUUCAAAGAUAAGCUUAUCUUUCCUUCGUUCUCGUCAGCGCGCUUGCGUCACCUGAUAAAUCAAGGUUUGAAUUGGCAGCAUCUGCUGUGCAGGAAUCCAAAAGAAAAUCCUGAGAUCAAAACUUUGUUGGUUGACCAUACUUGUUCUUCGCCUCGCAAACCAGAAUCUCGCACACCUACUCUGACCGUGCCUCCUGCUGCAGAUGCUGCAAAUUAUCCCUCUUAUGCAAUUGCGCCACUUUCGCCUGCUCUUUCGGUUCCUACACCUAAUGAUGUUACAACAUUGCCGGUGAAUGCAAAUCCUUCGCCGUCAUCUCAAUCACCUGCUGAGGUCGAAGCUUCCUCAUUGCCUGGUCCUUCAACUCAAGUCUCCGCAUCGAUGGAUACAGAAAUGCCGAAUACUCUUGAACCGAUGGAUCAUCAAAGUAACGAUCUUGAUCAAGAAAUGGCACCGAUCCCGUCAUCACAGGCUGAUGAAGAAGUACCUGAACCUGUGCAGGCCCCAUGUACCUUUGAACCUGAACCAGUAAAUCCGCUGAUCGAUCAACUUCCAAGAACCGUAGUUUGUAAGUUACAUCAGGGAUCAACUGUGACAAGCAUGGAGUUUCAUCCUUUGAUUCAUUCUAUACUAGCUGUUGGUAGCGCAAACGGUGAAGUUUCACUUUGGGAUGCAAGUCUGCGAGAAAGGCUGAUCUCAAAGCCUUUCAGAAUAUGGAAUAUUUCUAAUUGUUCAGAAAAAUUUCAGGCAUUGUAUUUGAAAGAAUCGUCGAUACCCGUCAAUCGUGUAUCAUGGUGCCCGAGUGUGGGUUUACUUGGGAUCGCUUAUGCAAAACAUUUGGUUCACUUGUAUGCCUAUCACAUUCCUAAUGGCCUACAGGAGCAUUUGGAGAUUGAUGCUCAUGAUGGUAGUGUUAAUGACUUAUCAUUUUCAUAUCCAAACAAUCAACUAUGUAUGGUAACUUGUGGCGAUGAUAAGUUAAUUAAGGUAUGGGAUUUGGAUGGAAAUAUGAUCUUUAUAUUCGAAGGUCAUGGAGCGCCUGUUUAUUCCAUUCUUCCUCAUGCGAAGGAAAAUAUCCAGUUUAUAUUAUCAACUUCGGUUGACGGGAAAAUCGGCGCUUGGGUGUAUUCUGACAAGAACUUCCAGCUGGAGUACGACACUCCGGGACAGUAUUGCACGUCACUGAUGUAUAAUGCUGAUGGAAAUAGAUUGUUUUCUUGCGGAACAAGUAACGACGGAGAAUGUUUCUUAGUCGAGUGGAAUCAAGAUGAAGGAGCAAUUGAAAAAAAAUAUUCUGGAUUCAGAAACGAAACUGCGGGUAUUGUGCAAUUCGACGUUGUGAAGAAUCGAUUUUUGGCUGUAGGUGUGAACAACCAUAUUAUGUUUUGGGAUAUGGAUAGAAUCGAAGUUCUUACUUCUACAGAUGCCGAGGGUGGUCUUUCGAGUCUACCUCGCUUGAAAUUCAACCGCGAAGGAAAUCUACUUGCUGUUACUACAGACGAUGGUGGUUUUAAAAUCCUCGCUAAUGCCGAUAGUCUCAAAUACCUAAGGGACAUUGAAGCAUCUAUACAACGAAUCGACACAAAUAAUGGAUUAAUUGUUCAUCCUGUUCAGUAUCGAAUCGUUACUAUACCGGAGGAUAUGGGUCCGGGUAACAAGGUUGUUCGUCUUCGUUAUUCAAAUAAUGGUGAUGCUCUUCUAGCUCUUGGUUCGAAAGGGGCUCAGAAGCUGUGGAAAUGGAUCCCAAAUGCAUUGAAUCCUAUGGGAAUCGCGACGGCAAGAUUUGCUCCUAAAGAGUAUAGGCCCUCUACUGGUUUUCUUAUGAGGAAUGAUGUCCCAAACGACUGUGAUUCGGCGAUUCCUUGUAUUGACAUCUCAAAGAAUGAUUCCUAUGUCGUUUCUGCAUGCGGCGGAUCCAUUUCGUUGUUUAACUUAAUUUCCUUUAAAGUAAUGACUAGUUUUAUGCAAUCUCCACCUGCUACAACAUUUCUCGUAUUUAAUCCUGAAGACAAUAACACUGUCAUAAUCGGAAGGGAAGAUUCGGAGAUUCAUAUUUUCAACAUUAGGUACCAUGAGAUUACAUUUAUAUUGAAGGGUCAUCAAAAGUACAUCACUGGUAUAGUUUUUUCGCGUCGAUUGGAUACGAUGGUUUCUUCGAGCGCUGAUGGACAGCUUUCGUCAUGGUGCAUGAGCACAUGGGUAAAGAAGAAAUCAGUGUCAAUCCAAAUGCCAGGCAAUGAAAAUGCAGUUGUUGGUGAGACUAAAAUUCAGUUUCACAUUGAUGAAGUGAAGUUGCUGGUGUGCCAUGAGACACAGAUAGCAAUAUAUGAUGCUUCAGAAAUGGAACUGAUUUGCCAGUGGCUUCCGCGAGACGGGUUGUCUGCUCCCAUAUCCUCUGCAGCAUACUCCUGCAAUGGACAACUAGUUUAUGCCACUUUUAUUGACGGAAACAUUGGAGUAUUUGAUGCUGAAAGUCUCCAACUAAGAUCUCGGAUUGGUUCAUCUGCAUACCUAUAUCAGACUCCAUCAGACAGUGAAAAUGAGUACCCUCUAGUAAUAGCAGCGCAUCCAAAAAAUCCAUAUCAGUUUGCAAUAGGACUGUCAGAUGGGUAUGUUAAGGUUAUAGAGCCCACUGACUCUUCAGUAUGGUUGAGACAGAAAGUGCCUGUUGUUCCAAUGGAUAUGGAUUGAUUCAUUUGCAUCAUGGAGGGAGUCAUUCUUUAUGGUGGAGGGACUUAACUAGCAAAGGUGUGGCAGAAGAAUAUAAUGGAGAAUGUGUAGCAUCAAGCAUAAACUGUAACAUUGGCCAGGGGCCUAAAGGAAGUGGGUGGCAAAUAGGAGUGUGGAGGGAAGCUGAAUGGCAAUGAGAUCUGAAAAGGAAGGACAAUGAAGAUGUUCAUCUGUAUGGUGAGGAAUUUCAAGAACUCAUCAGCCUAUUAGAAGAUAGAGCUCCAAAUCAUGAUGAAGAGGACUUGUUGUCAUGGUCUAUAUGGAACAAAAGGAAUGCAAUUCUUUUUAAAGAUAAGGUGGGGGAUGAUGCUGAGACAGUGUUCAAGAUCAAAUUCUUUGCAUGGAUUUGGAUUAUAAUUGGUUCAAAAUGUAACUUUCCUUGUAGCUUUUUUGAUUGGUGUAACCACUCAAAGGAUAUUUUACAAUAGUCCUAAAGGUUUCAUGGGUUGAAAUUUGUUGUAUA